GUUCCGAUGAUGAGCCAAAAACAAGAUCAAUACUAUAUAUAAGUUAAUAUUAUGAAAGGUAAUUUAUAGUAUAAUUUCAAUCUCUAUAUACAUAUAAAUUAAUAUUUUAUGAUUAUGGAGAGAGAGAUCCCUGUGAUAUUUUUUGACAAGGAAACCCUAAAGCAAGGAACAGAUUCAUGGAAGUGGGCGUGUAAACAAGUCCGGUUGGGUUUCGAAGAGCAGGGGUGUUUGGAAGUUGUUUUUGACAAAGUUGCUGCCCAAGUCCACAACUCAGUUUUCGAUGCGACUAAGGAUUUGUUCAAACUUCCAGUUGAAACUCUUUCGAGGAAAACUAGUGACAGACUCAGCGUACCCUAUAUUUCCAACUGGUCCCAUAACCCUCUCUAUGAGUCUUUGGGGAUUGACCAUUCCUCAACCCCUCAAGGAGUUGAAAAAUUCACUAACAUUAUGUGGCCACAAGGAAAUGACCCUUUUCGUGAAAGUGUUGUUUCGUUCUCGAAGCUGAUGACAGAAUUGUUUGAAACGGUAACAAGAAUGUUGUUCGAGAGCUAUGGAGUAGAGAGAUUGCACGAGAGUGUAAUGAAGUCAACAUUUCAUCGUUUGAAAUUAUCAAAGUACAGAUCUCCAAAGGAGAAGGAAACCAAUUUGGGGUUACAACCCCAUACGGACAAGACCUUCAUAAAUAUUGUGCACCAGCAUCAAGUUGAAGGUUUACAAAUCAAAUCCAACAAGGAUGGUCACUGGCUUCUCGAUGCUAAACCAUCUCCUAAUUCUUUUGUGGUCUUCGCAGGCGACAUUUUAAGGGCAUGGAGUAAUGAUAGGAUACUUCCUAGUGAACAUCGAGUGAUUAUGAAAGAAGGGAAUAAAGAUAGAUAUGUAAUUGCACUGUUCACAUACAUAGAUGGAAUUAUUGAAGUUCCUGAAGAGAUGGUAGAUAAUGACAAGUACCCUUUACAGUAUAAGCCAAUUGAUCACAUGACCUUUCUACAGAGUUAUUUUGAAGACCAAGAACUGCAAAAAGCUCCAUGUCCUAUUAAAUUCUUUUUUGGUCUUUAAUUAAUAUAUAUAUAUAUAUAUACAUAUAUAUAUAUGUUUAAGAGCCCCUUAAUUAGCUCUUCUGUUCUGUCAGCCUAUAAUAUUGGUUUGUACUUUGUUUAAAUUAAUGUACGUUCUAUAUAUAUAAUAAAUAAUCCAGUGGUGGUUAAUUAUAGGGGCCUAACCAUCAUGUAUGUCAUUUGUAACUGUGUGUACGUGACAACUAUAUAUGAAUGCUGGUUUGAAUAAUAAACUAUAUAUUU